GUCUGUCACCACGCCAAAUGUGAGCAGCUCAACCACCACGGCCCUCUGCACUUGUGUGAGGAGUGUGACGGGCAGAUCCACAGGGCGAUGCACUUUGACCGACAUAUCCGCUUCGACCUUCCACCUCCAGGGUCUAUCCUGGCACGUAACGUCUCCACCCGGUCCUGCCCGCCACGCACUAGCCCGGCCUCCGAUGUGGAAGAGGAUGGCGAGCCAUUGAUUGACGGGAGAGGAGAAAAACGAAACUUAGUUCGAAAGCCCAAGAAAGGAACAAGGCGGCACACGGACGAUCCCAGCAGGGAAUAUUUCACUCUGAAAUUUGAUUUGAACGUGGACGUCGAAACGGAGAUCGCCCCAGCAAUGAAGAAGAAAUCUUUAGGGGAGGUUUUGUUUCCGGUCUUCGAACGGAAAGGCAUCGAUCUGUCGAAAGUAAACAUUUAUCUGGACCAGUCUAACACCCCGCUCUCGCUCAACUUCGAAGCCUAUCACUUCGGAGGACAUUACCUGCGGGUGAAAGCCAAACCAGGGAACGAUCUCAAGGUGGAAGAGGGGGUGAAGGACAGCAAAUCCCUGAGUUUGCCCAUCCUGCGCCCAGCGGGCAUCAGCCCCUCCUUCCUUGCCACCCCGUCUUUGGAUCGACUGGAGCAAAUCUCCCUUCGCCGGGAGAGCACAGAUGUUGGG